ACCCAGGGAGGGGCUCCCGGCUCUCCCCGGUGCCCAGGGGGCCUGCUCCAGGUUGCUGGGAAGCAGCUCCGGGUUGCAGGGCGGGAACGUGCCCUUCCACCUCCGGCAAACUUUCGGCCGCCGCAACGGAAGCAGGAACUCAUGAAGCACAAACCCAGGGCUGGGCGGGAGCUGCGGAGCCUCCCAGGCGUCCUCACCGAGCCCCUCGCGGAUCCGCCGCUGCUUCCCCGAGCGCGCGGGGCUGCCCUGCACCGAGAGGGCAGCAGGGCCCGGUCCUCCGAUCUCCAGAGAGAAAUUCCAUCAUCUGUCCAAUCUUCUUGAAGCAAACUCAGGCCAGAGGGAGAGUUAUCUGACCUUUGGAGAUCAAGACUAAACUGAAAUUUAAAAUGUUCUUCCGGGAGGGAUGGAGCUUGACUUACACUCGUGUAAUAAUUUGUUUCCUGACACUAAGGCUGUCCACCAGUCAGAACUGCUCCACCAAGAGUCUAGAAGAUAUGGUCAUUGACAUCCAGUCAUCCCUUUCCAAGGGAAUCAGAGGCAAUGAGCCCAUACACACAUUAACUCAAGAAGACUGCAUUAAUUCUUGCUGCUCAACAAAAAACAUAUCAGGGGACAAAGCAUGUAACUUGAUGAUCUUCGACACUCGAAAAACAACUAAACUACCCAACUGCUACCUGUUUUUCUGUCCCAGUGAGGAAGCCUGUCCCCUGAAACCAGCAAAGGGACUUAUGAGUUACAGGAUAAUUAGAGAUUUUCCAUCUUUGGCGGGAACUGAUUUGCCAAGCCAGGAGGUAACCCAAGAAGAGUCUCUCUUCCGCAGCAGGUCUUCACACACCAUCACUCCCACGGCCCCUCCUCCCACAGGUGAUUCAGAGCCCACGGUCUUAUGGAGAGAUUCAUUUUCUCAGAAGUCCGGAUCCUCAGAUCACUUGGAGAAACUACUCAAGAUUGAUCUGGUGAGUCCACAGUGGACUGUUUAUAAAGAAAAAGGCCACUCUGAGAAGUCACCAUCUUCCUCAGAACAAACAGUAGCUCACCUGCUGCCUGAAAAUGUGACAGCGUUCCCCAGUACAGUGGCAGAUGCUGCUCUGCCCACCAUCCUGGCCACUCCAAAGCCUGCAUCUCUCCCUGCCACCAACGCUGCAGGGAUACCUUCUGUGACUUCGCAGCCUCAGGGGGCCACCUCUGCCCCACCUGUAGCCACGGUCACUAACACGACCACAACUGAGGUUCCGACUUCCAUCUUUAGGGCAUCGAUGGACUCGAAAGGCCCACCAGACACGGUGCCCUUUAGAGACAUUUCCAGCUUGACUUUGAACACAGAGGCUGCCCGGAACCCUGCUACGUUUCCUUUGUCAAAUGUGAAUUCUCCCACUACAAAUACAGCAGCUUCCCAGGAAGAUGGGAAGGCCAGCUCUGGCGGGCCCUCCCUGAGCAGUGCUCCAGAAAGGCAGCAGGGCCUCGCAUUUGAACAGUGGCUCCUGGUCGGGACCGUGCUCUUUGGGGUUCUGUUCCUCGCCAUAGGCCUGGGUCUCUUGGGCAGAACGCUCUUAGAAUCCCUCCGCAGGAAACGAUACUCGAGGCUUGAUUAUUUGAUCAAUGGCAUCUAUGCUGACAUCUAAGGAGGACAUUAGAUGCCUCUUUUUUUUUUUUUUUUUUUUUGGCUGUGGGAUGUGGGAUCUUAGUUCCCCGACCAGGACCGGGGAUCGAACCCGUGCCCCCUGCAGUGGAAGUGGGGGGCCUUAACCACUGGGCUGCCAGGGAGGUCCCUAGAUGUCUCUUUAUUCAUGUAGUUACUAAUAGCUCCUAUGCAGCAAGGUUCUGCUGAUUUGCUCAUCUUUGCAGGAUUUUUCAAGUAUUUUGAAGACAGGCAAAGAUGCCUCCUACCGCUUUCUUUUUGCUUGUUCUUCGAAAAGAAGCGGGGGGAAGAAACAAACUGGGUGAUUUGAAGGAUCUGUCUCUAAAAUAUUAGCUGAAAACAAAGCUCUACCUAAAGCAAUAAAGAAUAAUUGCCACAUCAAUUGGAAAAUGACUGGCUUUUUACAAGGAAAAAGGGUUAGGACUCCUAGGCUCCAAUUCAUUAAUAUUUCUGGUUCCAGAUAAAGUCGACUUUAUGGUAUUAAUUCUAAUGGAUUUACUUUCCUUUUUAUAUGAAUUCCAAUAAAACUUACUCCAGAUGUAUUUCCUUCCAAUUAAAUAUCUGAAUAAAUCUUUUGGUACUCAGUAAUGUUCUUGUAAGUGACACGUCCAGCUGGAUAACUUUAAAUUUAUUCCCACCAGCAAAAUGAUUAAAUGAUGAAAAUAUGUGUUCUAAGUUAAAAUGACAAAACCCCCCUUAUCCCAUCAAUGAGCAAAAGAGGUUCCUUUGGAAGAAUUCUAGCAGAAUAUUAGCCUGCAUGGAGAUGAUGAUAAGUUGAUGGCCAGAUCUACUUUGGGUCUGUUCUAGUUAACUAUUUUUUCAAAAAACAAAGAAAAAGUAAACUAGGCAUUUUCCAAACCUAAGUAGAUUUAACAUGUAACAAUAUUAUUUAUAAGUCCUUAUCUAACCUGGACCACUAGUCAAUUCUGGCUUUAUUUGGAAUAACAUUGGAGAUAAUAGAUAGCACUUAAAAUGACAGGCAUACCUCAUUUUAUUGUGCUUCACUUUAUCAUGCUUCACAGAUACUGCAUUUUUUACAGAUUUAAGGUUUAUGGCAGCUCUGCUUCAAACAGGUCUAUUGGUGCCAUUUUUCUACAGCAUUUUCUCACUUCAUGUCUGUGUCACAUUUUGGUAAUUCUUGAAAUAUUUCAAACUUUUUCAUUAUUAUAUUCAGGGGAUCUGUAAUCAAUGAUCUUUGAUGUUACUACUACGAAUUGCUGAAGGCACAGAUGAUGGUUAGCAUUUUUUAGCAAUAUUUUAAAAUUAAGGUAUAUGCUUUUUUUAGACAAUGCUAUUGCACUUAAUACUACAGUACCGUGUAAACAUGACUUUUAUAUGUACUGGAAAACAAAAAUAUUCGUGAGACUCGCUUUCUUGUCGUAUUCACUUUACUGCAGUGGUCUGGAACCGAACCCGCAAUAUCUCCGAGGUCUGCCUGUAUUAUUAAAUGAUUAGCAUGCUGUAA